AUGCCCGGCUCCCCACGCCACACCCACACCCACGGGGCCAAGUCUCCGAGCCUGCGGGACACAAUCCGCACCAAGGUCGUCGAGGUCUCCAUCGCGAAGGUCCAGGACGGCAACGCGGACCGCAAGACGCUGUGCAUGGAAAUGCUCACCUCGGGCAACCCCGCCGCGUUCGUCGACUUCUUCUACCUGUCGCACGCGGACCUCGCGGAGCAGCCUCCCGCGGAGGUGCUCGCGGAGAUGGACCCGGCCGAGGCGAACGUGCACGCCCAGCGCGCCAAGCCGAUGAACACGGACGCGCUCAACCUGCUGGCGUCGCUCCUGGUCGAGGCCGAGGCGUUCCAGCGCAAGGGCGACACCGAGGGCGUGUACGCGUCGUACUCGAAGAUCGCGCGGUACUUCGCGGGCCUCGGGGACUACGAGACGGGCUCGUACUUCUACCACAAGUGUCUGCUCGUGGCGUCGACGGCGGGGUGGGCGGCGGGCGAGAUCGACGCGAACCUCAACCUGGGCCUCACGAGCGAGCGCCUGCACCGCGCGGACGACGCGAUGAUGUUCCACAAGCGCCACCAGGAGCUCGCGCGCGCGCACGGCUCGGACGAGGACCGGCGCGAGGCCGACCGCAACCUCAUGAAGAGCUAUUCGGGGCUCGCGGACGACGCGCUGGCGCACGGGGACCUCGCGGGGGCCGAGGAGUGCCUCGAGAAGAUGAUGCAGGCCGCGAGGGACGCGGGGAUGCGGGAGGCGGAGGCCGAUGGGCAUCUGCGCCUGGGCAAGGUGCACCUCAAGGCCGGGCGGUUCAAGCCGGCGCUCAAGGCGCUCAAGGCGUACCUGACGCUGGAGCGGACGCUGAACGACCUGUACGGGCAGGGGCAGGCGCAGUUCAUGCUCGCGGUGUGUCUGGAGAAGGCGGGGAAGCGGAACGAGGCGGCGAUUUGUCUGCAGGAGUACCGCCGGCUGGCGCUGGAGGCCGCGGAGAAGCAGGAGAGCGGGAGGAGUCCGCAGCGGGCGUCGACGAUGGGGUCGGCGAUCGAGUCGGACGUGAGUUCGCAGGCUGGGGACGAGGACGUCCAGGUCGCGAUGGACCAGGGGGGCUUCGCGGUGGCGUCGUGCAAGCUGGGCGAGAUGGCGUUCGAGCAGGGGGAGUACAGCAAGGCGGUGGGGUACUUCAAGGAGUUCUUCGACGCGGCGCGGCGGGUCGGAGACAUGCGGAUGCUUAACGCAGCGCGCGUCAACCUCGGGCAGGCGCGCGCGCUGCUGCUGCGGGGGAAGUUCCUGGAGGUCGUCCGCGACGAUAUGCCCAAGUUGCUGAGCUACAAGCUCUCGCGAGAGCCCCUGCAGCCCGCGCAGAAGGCCUGA